GGGAGGUGCCACCGGAAGGGGAGGGUCUUCCGCCGUAAUGGCAUCCCGUGGGGUCGUUGGCAUUUUUCUCCUCUCAGCUGUCCCCCUCUUGUGUCUGGAGCUCCGACGUGGGAUUCCAGAUCUAGGAAUUAAAGAUAUAAUUUUGCUGUGUGGCCGGAUUUUCUUACUGCUUGCUCUUCUUACUUUAAUCAUUUCUGUGACUACCUCAUGGCUUAAUUCAUUUAAAUCUUCGCAAGUUUACCUAAAAGAAGACGAAGAGAAGAAUGAGAAAAGGCAAAAACUUGUGAGAAAAAAACAACAAGAGGCACAGGGUGAAAAGGCUAGCAGAUACAUAGAGAAUGUUCUAAAACCUCAGCAGGAAAUGAAAUUGAAAAAACUGGAAGAGCGCUUUUAUCAGAUGACGGGUGAAACCUGGAAGUUAAGCAAUGGUCAUAAACUUGGGGGUGAUGAAGAUUUGGUGCUUGAAAAUGAAAAUCAGACAUCUUUUGAAACAUCAAACAGAGAAGCAGCAAAGAGACGGAACUUGCCUAAGCUUUUAACCAAAGUUGCACCACCUGCUGAACAGCCCACGCAGAAGGUUCCAGAUUUUCCUGAAGAACCUCCUGAAACAGCUGAAGAAGUCGUUACUGUUGCUCUCCGAUGUCCAAGUGGGAAGGUCCUGAGGAGAAGGUUUUUUAAGUCUUGCAGUUCACAGGUCCUGUCUGACUGGAUGAUGAAAAUUGGGUACCACACAUCCCUAUACAGCCUUUCUACUUCGUUUCCCAGAAGGCCUCUGGAAGUAGAGGGAGGCUGGUCACUGCAGGACAUAGGAAUAACUGUGGAUACUGUACUCAACGUGGAAGAGAAAGAGCCAAGCAACUAGUUAAGAAAUGAGAACUACCGGUUCUUCCUAAAAUCAGUUAUGCCAUGACCUUACAGGACAGUAAUUCACAUUAAAAUCACGCCAUACCUCGACUGAGCUCAAGGCAGUAAACUUUAAUGUUGAUGUCCACGGGAAUAUAUGGACACAAAGGAUUGGAAAAGGGGUGUUUUCUGCAUAUAAUUUUUGGAUGUGCUACUUUAUAAUGAGAACUAGGUAAAAAUGUAUACUGUGUGGCAUUCACUAUUUCUUACCUAGCUGACAUCAUUUAUCAGUAUGUUGAAAAAAGUCAUGUAACCUUGGUUUCUGCCUCUUCAAUCCAUCUUAACCCCACUAUGAGUAUUUCACAAUUCAGUGAAACUCUUCAAAGUCUUAUAAAUGGAAAUGUUUAUUCUGCUGUAUUUAUAGAAAUUAAAAAACUUUAAAGAAGAUUCAAAGCUCUUUAAAGCUUUAAAGUUCUUUUUGAUAGGUAUAAAUUAAUGUUUACUUAACGAAUAUUUGAGACUUACAUAUAUAAUUUUGCCUUGCAUUGUAACAUUUACAAAGUUCCAGGUGGACCAAUAUUUUUAAAAAU